GCCCUGCACUGGAGGCCAAGAUGGAGGCAACCACCAUGGCCACCAUGACCUUCCUCCUGGUGCUGUGGAACACAGAGAAGAUGGUGACCCACACACUGCAGAACAAAGCAGGCUGAUUCUAAUUUAGUAAGAAUCCUAUAGUCAUUGUUUAUUUCUAAAUUAUCUAAAUUUUAUUAUAUUUUCUUUAGUAAUUUAGUUUAUUUCUAUUUUCCAAGAAACUAGUGUGUUGAAUUAUAUUGCAUAAAUCAAAUCUGGUUAUGAUCUAGCCCCCAAUAUAGAGCAUAACUCUAUCAUCCCCAUCUACUCCAAGAUACAACUCACUCUGAAUAAUCUGGACCGGGACAAAUCCGCUCUACAUUGACACAGAUCUACACUCUGAACAUGGCCACAUUAUUAUUGCCUGCAACAAGGGCUUGCUCACUGCCUUCUACUGUGUCCUGGGAUAUCUGAGCUCCCUGGCCCUGGUGAGCUUUACUGUGGCUUUCCUAACCAGGAACAUGCCUGACACAUCUGAUAAAACCAAGACAGGAAAUCAUAAAGGCUAGACAAAAAUCAAUGAAAUCAAGAAUUAAAAAUGCAAAGAAAUAAUGAAUGGAAGUGCUGCUUCUUUCAAAGAGUAAGGAGAUAAACAUUUAGCCAAACUUAACAAGAGAAAGAAAGGACUCACAACAAUCCAAUUAGAAAUGAAAAAAUUGAAAUACGAAAAGACAUCAUCAAAAUUCUGAAGAUAGUAAUUACUAUGAAAAAUUAUAUUUCAACAAAUUGGAAAAUUUUGAAGAAAUGGAGAGAUACUUAAAGUUAUAUAAAUUAUCAAAGAUAAGCUAAGAGGACACAAAAAUUCUGAACAAUCUAAUAACAAGGAAUGAAAUUGAGACAGUGAUAAAGAAUUUACAAAUUAACAACAGCCCAGGGCCUGAUGGAUUUGCUGCUGAAUUCUACAAAUCUUUCCAGGGUGUUUUAUCUCCUAUGCUCCUCAAGCUCUUGCAAGAAAUUGAAAGAAGUGGAGCGCAUCCACAUUAAUUUAUGGAAGCCUGCCUCACACCGAUUCUAAAACCAGGUAAAGACUCGAGUAAAAAAGAAAACUACAAAUGGGCCCAGGGAUUUAGCUCAGUGGUUCCGCUGCCUGCCUUGCAGGCACAAGGUCCUGAGUUUGAUCCCCAGUACUGAAAAACAAAACUACAAGCCAAUCUCCUUAGUGAACAUAGAUGUAAAACUGUCAGCAAAAUAUUACCGAAUAGGACACAGCACAUCAUCAAAAGAUCAAUAGAUUUUAUCCCAGAGAUCCAAGAAUGAUUAAACAUACACAAAUCAAUAAAUGUCAUAUAUCACAUACACCAAAGCAAGGUCAAAACCCACAUAAUCAUAUGGAUAGAUGCAGAAAAGGCCUUUGACAAAACCGAACACCCCUUCAUAACAAGAACCCUGAAGAAAAUAGGCAUAGAAGGAUCAUACCUGAAUUUGCUAAAAGCUACUUAUGCCAAACCAAUAAUCUAUAUUAUAUUAAAUGGGAAAAACUGAAAAGCAUUUUAACUCUUACAUUGUUAGUGGGAAUGUAAACUAGUAAAACCACUUUGGAAAUCAGCAUAGAGAUUUCUCAAAGAAAACAUUAGAAAUUCCAUAUGACCUAGCUAUCCCUUUACUAGGUAACUUACCCAAAAAGCUAUAGACAUCAUACUACAGCUUUACAAGUGUACAAAUGCUUUAGCAGUACAAUUCGUGAUAGCUAAAGCUAAAAGCAGCCUAUAUACCCAUGAACAGAUGAUUGAAUAAAGCAAAUGUGGUAUCUGUGCAUAAAGGAAUACUAUUCAGCUAUAAAGAAGGACAAAUGAAACAUUCGUAGGAAAAUGGAUGCACCUGGAAAAUGUAAUGUUGAGUGAAGUAAAUCAGACACACAUGCUUAAAUACCAUAAAGCAGUGAUGGCAAAUCUUUUAGAGCUUCCAGUGAUAACAAACUGCCUUAUGUUCACCACCACUGCCAUGGUGGUGAUCUCUCACUUGAGGAAGGCAAAGUACAAAGUGAACAACAAAGGAUGGAUAGGAGACAAUGGAAUAGAUCCCUGCAAGUGGGAAGUGGUCCUAUAUACAGAGCAUGCAUGGAGAGUGGGAGGCAAGGCAAAGGAAAUGGAACAAAGAUAUACCUCAUACAGGAAACUGAGGGCCUCCACGAAUGUAAGCAUUAUGUGCCACAAACAUGAGGUAAGAUUAAUAAUAUCAGUGAGAAUAAAAACGGGAAAAUAAGGUUUAGAGGAGGAGGGAGGGAAGUGGGAGGAAAUGGGAUUAAAAAAGAAAAAAACCUCUUAAUAUGUACAUGAUGAUAAAAUGCAUGUACGGCAAACAUGCAUGACUAAAAAAUAAAAUUAAAAAAUCAUAACAUUUUCCUGCACUGAUCUUGAGUUAGGGAUUUGGUUUUCUGCAUUCAGUGUAAUUACUGGCACUGCAGGAAAUGCAGAAAUAUGUGGAUAUGAGUUCAGCACAAGUGACUUUUAUGCCAACAAUCAUAGGCCAUAAAAAAGUCAUUGGUGGGUAUAUGAGGGUGUAACUUCUUGUCUUCUACUCUGGAUUUCCUAAUACACAGGUGUUCUUGGCUGGGUCUAGGCCAUCUCAGACCAUUCCAGUGAAUACCCAGCACUGUACUUCUUGUCCAAUUCAUAGGAUACAUCCCAAAGGGCUUAUUGACACAGGCUGAGAAGCAAAGUGCCCAGGAGGAAGUGGGCCUGGGAUGUUGCUUUCAGUGGACCUGGAUGAGUCAUGGUGCCUCUAGGUGGAGAGAAUGACACUCAAAAUAAUUUCCAACUUGUGUUUUUCACCUUUGCACCAGACCUCAGAUGCAGAAUCCAGGAGCAUCCUCUCCUAGUGUGCAAUUUUGAAAAUGAACACUGUCUACGCGGAAGGAGCACCAGUGUGUACAGGGAUGGAGAUGUGGUGAUUGGGGGACUUUUCUCCCUUUUUUUUUAUUUGUACUAUGCAGAUAUCAUUACACUACAACCUCUGGAGGAGUCUGUUAUGGCGCUGCAUAUUCCCAACAGCUACCAGAAUGUUCUAGCCUUCAUAUUUGCUAUAGAAGAGAUCAACAAGAAUCCUCAUCUUUUACCCAACAUAUCUCUGGGAUAUGAGAUCCAUAAUUUCAUUUUCAGUCACUGGAGGAUGCUGGAGAGUUCUCUCACUUUGCUCGCAGGACAGAAGGAGAUCCCUAAUUACUCCUGUGGCAGAGAGAGAAAGUCUGUAGCAGUGGUAUCAGGAACAUCAUGGGCAGUUUCUGCUCAAAUUGGAACGCUGCUAGAGCUCUACAAGUUUCCACAGGUUACAUUUGGUUCUUUUGAUCCUAUGCUAAGAAACAGUGGACAGUUUCCUUCACUCUAUCAGGUUGCCCCAAAGGACACUUCUCUGCCCCUUGCUAUGGUUUCCUUGAUGCUUCAUUUCAGCUGGACCUGGGUGGGACUGCUCAUUAUGGAAGGUCAGAAAGGUCUUAAAUUUCUCUCAGAUGUGACAGGAGAGAUGGACAGGAACAAAAUCUGUGUAGCAUUUGUGAAAAUGGUCUCAACCGUUCUUGUGUCCUAUGUGACACUUUCAAAUGAACGCAUUAUCCUGACCAAGGAAGCAUCACAAGUAAAUGUGAUCAUCAUUUACUAUGACACUGAUAUUAUAAAUGAUGUAAACUAUAACAUAGAGCAAUACUUACUAACAGGCAAUGUCUGGGUCACAAACUCACAAUGGCACGCUGACAUGACUGGGAAAAAAUUCAUACUUAGUUCAUUCCAUGGGACUUUCAUUUUUUUAAACCACCGUGAGAAAAUUUCUGGUUUCAAAACUUUUGUCCAAGAAGCCAAUCCUUCCAAAUACCCAGAAGACUUGUAUCUCACUGUGUUUUGGUUAGAGAAUUUCCACUGCUCAUUCUCUGUUUAUGACUGCUCACUGAAAGACUGUACACCUAAUGCCUCUCUGGCAUGGCUGCCUGUGAAUCAAUUUUACACAGCCAUGACUGACUGGAGUCACAAUAUAUACAAUGCUGUGUAUGCUGUGGCCCAUGCCCUCCAUGAGAUGUUCCUUCAACAAGCACAGUGGCCGCCAAUGGAAAACAAAGAAGUGAUGUUGUUUGCUUCCUCGCAGCUCCACCCCUUUCUGAAGAACAUCCAAUUUAAUAAUCCUGCUGGAGACCAAGUGACUUUGGAUGACAGAAAGAAACUGGAUGCAGAGUAUGACAUUCUCAACUUUUGGAAUUUUCCAGAAGGCCUUAGACUUAAGGUCAAAUUGGGGACAUUUACCCCACAUGUUCCACGUGGUCAACAAUUUUCUUUAUCUGAUGACAUGAUCGAGUGGGCCACAGGAAUUACAGAGACUCCAUGCUCUGUAUGCACUGAGAGUUGUCAUCCUGGGUUCAGGAAAUCCCCUCAGGAGGGAAAACCUGCCUGUUGUUUUGAUUGCACCCCUUGCCCAGAGAAUGAGAUCACCAAUGGCACUGUAGAUAUGGAGCAGUGUGUGAAGUGUCCUGAUGAUCAGUAUGCCAACAUUCAGCAAAACCACUGCCUGCAAAAGUCUGUGACUUUCCUGGCUCAUGGAGAACCCAUGGGGAAGAUGCUGGUUGGCACUGCCCUGAGUCUCACUCUCCUCACAGCUGCUGUUCUUGGGCUCUUUGUGAAGCACCGAGGCACUCCCAUUGUCAAGGCGAACAACCUGGCCCUCAGUUACACCCUGCUCAUCUCCCUCACCUGCUGUUUCCUCUGCUCCUUGCUCUUCAUUGGCCGUCCCAACACAGCCACCUGCAUCCUCCAGCAGACCACAUUUGCAGUUGUGUUCACUGUGGCUGUUUCCACUGUCUUGGCCAAAACUAUCACGGUGGUGUUGGCCUUUAAGGUCACUGCUGCAGGCAGAAAGAUGAGGCAGUUGCUGGUAUCAGGUGCACCUAACUUCAUCAUUCCCAUCUGCUCCUUGAUCCAACUCACUCUUUGUGGAAUCUGGAUGGGAACAAAUCCACCCUACAUUGACACAGAUGCACACUCUGAACAUGGCCACAUCAUCAUCAUGUGCAACAAGGGCUCCCUCACUGCCUUCUACUGUGUCCUGGGAUACCUGGGCUCCCUGGCCCUGCUGAGCUUCACUGUGGCUUUCCUGGCCAGGAACCUGCCAGACAUCUUCAAUGAAGCCAAGUUCCUGACCUUCAGCAUGCUGGUGUUCUGCAGUGUGUGGGUCACCUUCCUCCCUGUGUACCACAGCACCAAGGGGAAGGUCAUGGUGGCCAUGGAGGUCUGUUCCAUCUUGGCCUCCGGUGCGGGGCUGCUGGCCUGCAUCUUUGCCCCCAAGUGCUACAUCAUUUUGUUAAGCCCAGAGAGAAAUUCUGUAUAUUCAUUCAGACAUAAAACACAUUUUGGGAGUAAGAGUACAGAAAGAAUAUUUUAAAAACACAGACUCAGAGGCAGGUCUUCACCAUUUAUGGAGUUAGAUAUCAGAUUACAUCAUGGUAUUUAUUUGAGUGAACAACUGACAUAUUUCUAAUAGUCUUGAAAUCACUCACACCUGUAAUUAUUACACUUUUCAUUUGAAUUACAUUCUGGAUUUUUGUGACUCCCAUUAAAUCUGUAAUUGAUCCCAAUAUUUGUGCUUAAAUGUGACUGUUUCUCAACUUUUGUCUUAUAAUCUUCAAUUUCUCAAAACUUUUUACUAAUAUGACAACUUUUUGCUUUAGACAACUAUAUCUCUUAUUUCUUUUAACCAUUUCAUUAUGUUUUUUUCCUCUUCAAGGGCAUAUCCAUUUAAUAUACUAAUUAUACCAAUUUUUGAUGACUGGUUCUGUUUCUUCUCUUACACCUGCCCUCCAUUAUCCCAGAGAAUAUAUUUUAAGAAUCUCCUAUGGCCAUUAGAAUUCUAGAUUUUUCAGUUCAUCUGCUAUACUAAGUACCUUUGAAAUAAAAAUGGUAAUAAAGUGAAUUUAUAGGGUAACUAAAUGUAUGACUAAUGUGCUAUAGUGAGAUUUUCUAUCAAUGUUGUUAAAUUUUCUGAAUUCUGGUUUAAUCAUCCUUUAUUGAUAUGUGAGUCAUAGAUUUUGUACAUGUUAUGUGUGCAUCUAAAUGAUGUAUAUGAGAUAAUUUUCCAUCAUAUUAACCGCUGGAUUUUUAAAUGAUUUGUUGUUAAUGUAAAAAUAAAUUGUUUUUUCUAACUCACAUUCAUCCACUUUAUUUGUUAAUAAGGAAAUUGUUAUUUCUUGUGUAAAACUUGAUCUAACUUCUUUGUCCGGUACUUGAACUUGUUGAAUCUCUUAUACGUGAUCUUGUAAUUAUAGCUUUAUCUUCUAUCUCCCCUUAUUUAUAGUUUACUUUCUUUUCAUUUCACUGCAAAUAUGGUGGAUGAUGAUAAUGUUGAUCAUGGGCUUAUUUCUAGUAUUUUAUCUUCAGUGGGAAUCCUCCAUAUUUUGACAUAAAAUACUAUGUUUAUAUUAGCUUUUGAGGCCACAAUUUAUGACAAAUAAAAUAUCCCCUUACAUUUCUAAAAUGCUCAGCAUUUUAAUCAAAAUAUGGACAAACCAUUUCUUGAUUUCUAUUGAAGUUUUCAUUUUCC